UCUAAUUAUGACACGCGUCUCUGUGGGCUGUGCCCCAACGCGCAGAGUCGUAUCGAGGAUCAUCGACAGAGCCAGCAACAGUGUCCGACGGAUUCUAAAGGGAAACUGCUCUGCUGGGACGAUAAACAUUGCCAAAAGAUAUGUCCGAGUUCGUGCGGCGUGGAGGGGUGCAUGCCGAACGGCACGUGCUGCCACUCGUCGUGCCUGGGCGGGUGCGACGGGCCCGGCGCCACGCACUGCCACGUCUGCAAGAACUACUCCUUAGAGUCCUCAGAGCCCGGCUCCAAGCGCAUCUGCGUCGACACCUGUCCCGCCGGCACGUACACGUUAUUCAGACGGUGCGUGACGGAGCAGCAGUGCCGCUCGAUGCCGCCGCCGCCGCAGCCGGUGGGCACGGGCGACUCCAGCUACUUCCGCUACGCGCUCAACAUUCGCUCCUACAAGAUACUCAACAACAAGAGCUGCGUAUACAUGUGCCCCAGCGGAUUCACUGAGGAGGGCGACAUCCACAACUCAACGUGCAAGCUUUGCCCGAGCUGGGGGUGUCGGCGCGAGUGCGUGGGCGGCAAGAUCGACUCCGUGGCCACCGCCGAGCAGUUCCGCGGCUGCACGCACAUCAAGGGCAAGCUAGAGAUCAGCCUGAGGACCAGUGGCGGGAACACAUUAUCGGUAUUGGAGUCAGCGCUGGGCGAGAUUAAAGAAAUCGAAGGGAGCCUGCAAGUAACGCGCUCCUACCCGCUGGUGUCGCUAAUGUUUCUAAAAAAACUGGAGAAAAUCAUCGGCGUGUCCACGGCCGAGCAUAAAGGUCAAGUGUUGCAUAUUAUCAACAACAAAAAUCUGGAGUUGUUGUGGGACUGGUCAAAGGGUAGAACGAUUAACAUUACCGGGGGGACCCUGUACAUACAUUCAAAUCCAAAGUUGUGCUACAAUCAGUUACUGCCGCUAAAGAACAUGACUAGUAACCCCAGGUCGAACUUCACUGAGCUAGAAGUUUCUCAGGAGAGCAAUGGAUACCAGGCCUCGUGUUUGCCUGACGUUCUGAAGCUGCGCGUGUGGGAGUUGCGUCGCACAGCGGUGGUCCUAACUUGGAACAUGUACUGUCCGGAAGACAUGCGCAAGCUACUCGGAUACUCAAUCUACUACAUUGCUGCUGAAAAGAACGUCACGCUAUACGACCAGAGAGACGCUUGCACUGAUACCUGGAACGUCCUCGACAUGACAAUAGACGAGGCUCGCAACGGGACCAGAGACGAGCUGCCGCCGCCGGAGACGAACAAGACGAGCAUGAUCCUGAACCCGUGCAGCAACAUGCAGCCGUCGUUCUACCCGGUGACGCCGCUGGUGCCGUUCACGCGGUACGCGGCCUACGUGAAGACCUACACCACCAUGCAGGACCGCCGCGGGGCGCAAAGCUCCAUUAUCUACUUCAAGACUCUGCCCGGAGCCCCGAGUCCGCCGACAAGCGUGACGGUGGAGCUUCGAACCCCGUACUCAGUGUCCAUAAAGUGGGCGCCGCCGACCAUGCCGAAUGGUACGAUCAUCCUUUACCACGUGGAGGUGCACGCCAACAGCUACAACAAGCCCAAAAUACUAGCCGGGAACAUCAACUACUGCGGGAAGCCAAAUGCACUAGCGAAUAUGAUAAAAGCAAGUUUGGAAGAAGCGCCCGAGACGCAAGAGGAAAAGACCACUGGCGACGUGAAGAAUGGCUCCUGCGCGUGCAACGAGGAGUCCAAGUCCAGCACCAGGUUCACUUCCCGCGCAGAGGAGGAGCGGAUGGAGAGCAUCAACUUUGAAAACGACGUGCAGAAUCAGGUUUACAAGAAAGCAGACCGUCCGAAGUCGAAGACGAUGGCGAACCGCAUCAAACGCUCGCUCGACAUAAGCCUCAGCAGCAUGCUCGUCAAGCUGACAGAGAACAGAGACCCGCGCCCCGGCUUCAACUACUCCAACUCCACCGACGAAGACGGUUACGUCAAGUCGCUGUACUACGAGCUGGACGGCAAGACGGAGUCGCUGACGGUGGACAGCAUGCGGCACUUCACGUGGUACACCGUCAACAUCUGGGCGUGCCGCGCGCGCGCCGACAACGAGACCAAGGAGCAGUACGACGACACCUGGUGCUCCGAGCGCGCCUACUACACCUUCCGCACCUCCGAGCUGCCGAACGCAGACGUUGUGAACAAUUUUAAAGCGGAGAUCGUGAAAUCUAAUAAAACCUUUCCCGACGUGAACUUGAAGUGGGACCCACCGGCCAACCCGAACGGGUUCGUCGUCGCGUACAACGUGCAUUACUCGCGAGUCGAAGACAGCAAUCAGGGUCAAGACGUCGGCCUGGGGACGUGCAUCAUCUCCGACGACUUCGAGACGGCGAAGCACACGCACACGCUGCGCGCGCUGUCGCCCGGUAACUACAGCGUACGCGUCACGCCCAUCACCGUCAGCGGCGCCGGGAACGUCUCCAAUGACGUCUACGUCUUCAUACCGGAGCGAGCGGUGGAGUCGGGGUACGAGUGGGCGUGGGGGCUGGCGGGCGGCGGCGUGGUGAUGCUGGCGCUGCUGGGCGGCGGCGUGUGGUACACGCGGCGCGGCCUCAUGUCGCCCAACGAGAUCAGCAAGCUGUUCCCCAGCGUCAACCCCGAGUACGAGUCCACGGUGUACGUGCCGGACGAGUGGGAGGUGCCGCGCGCCAACAUCGAGUUUAUACGGGAACUCGGACAAGGCUCUUUCGGCAUGGUGUAUGAAGGGAGAGCGAAGAAUAUCGAAAAAGGCAAACCAGAAACUCGGUGCGCUGUGAAAACUGUCAAUGAGCAUGCCACUGACAGGGAGCGCAUCGAGUUCCUGAACGAAGCGUCGGUGAUGAAGGCGUUCGACACGUUCCACGUGGUGCGGCUGCUGGGCGUGGUGUCCCGCGGCCAGCCCACGCUGGUCAUCAUGGAGCUGAUGGAGUUCGGCGACCUCAAGACUUACUUGCGCUCGCAUCGGCCCGACGCCGACUCCUCGCUGCCCAAGAAGGACGCCGCCGGCGACCCACCCACACUGCAAAAUAUUUUGCAAAUGGCUAUCGAGAUAGCUGACGGUAUGGCCUACCUAUCGGCCAAAAAAUUCGUGCACCGCGACUUAGCGGCACGUAAUUGCAUGGUCGCCGGCGACCUCACGGUAAAAGUGGGGGAUUUCGGCAUGACCAGAGAUAUUUAUGAGACUGAUUAUUAUAGGAAAGGCACUAAGGGCCUACUGCCGGUGCGAUGGAUGAGCCCCGAGAGUUUGAAAGACGGGGUAUUUUCCAGUAAUAGCGACGUGUGGAGUUACGGCGUCGUGUUAUGGGAGAUGGCAACACUAGCCAUGCAGCCAUAUCAGGGCCUGUCGAACGAGCAGGUGGUGCGGUACGUGGUGGAGGGCGGCGUGAUGGAGCGGCCGGAGCACUGCCCGGACCGGCUGUACGAGCUCAUGCGCCAGUGCUGGUCGCACCGCGCGGCGGCGCGCCCGUCCUUCCUGCGCCUCGUGGCCGACCUCGCGCCGCACGCGCAUGCGCACUUCCGACACCGCUCCUUCUUCCACUCGCCGCAGGGGCAGGAGAUGUACGCGCUGCAGCGAUCCGCUCUCGGUAACUACCACCUCACUACUCGCUAUCGAUACAAAUUAAAACUGGUUAAGUCGACCCACAUGACCCAUCUAACUAUAAUCAUACCAACAUAUUCACUCAUUUAGCCAUCAAUUGAAUUAUCAGCAUUUAGUCUUGUAUAAUUUAGUUAAUAUAAUGUGUACUAUUCUGGAAGUCCGUUGGAACCCUAAAGGUCG